ACACACAUCAUCUGCCUUGGGGGGGGGGGAGGAGAGGAGGGAGGGUCACAGUGUGAAAGUCCCAAAAGGGUGAUGUCCCUGCUCAAAUCAUCAGGACCAUGGAGACAAUGUCCACUUUCUAUUGACACCCAGCCUCACAGGACUCCUCAAUGCACAUGUUCUGCUGAGGAACAGUGCUUUGCCUUCUGUGCAUAUUUCAGCUCUGGUCCCAGGAAGCUUGGAGUGCUAACUGGUAAGGACAGUGCGGUGGGGGACAUUUACUGAAGGAAAUCCACAAGAUGUGCUGAUAAAUAGUAAAUAGCUACUCAAGUGGCUGAGACUUUUACCAGCAGCAGCAGCAGUGCAAUUCUGCCCAGGACACUCAGCUAGGUGUGUGUAUGGAGGGGGAGAACCUGCGUCUAAAGAGAUAUCUGAAGACAAAGUUUUACACAGUGACAAAACAAACAAACAGAAUGGAGACAGAGAGACAUAAAGAGGAUUAAUUACCUCCUUGCAAGAGGGAAAUGCAAAAUGACACCAUGAAUCAGAGAAAGAGGCACAAAAAGGAACAGAAGGAAAAAGGAGAAAAUUGAGCAAAACAGGUUCCAAAAUGUCAAGAAUACAAAGUGAUUCGACAAACUGCAUGAAGUGCAAGUGGGUAGGAAAGGGACCGAUCAGGGGGUUCCGUACUCCUGAGAGAAAUUUGAAAUAUCCUGACUAGGCCCACAGAGGGGCUAUAAAGGGCACAUUCUUUGCUCUGAGAACAUGUGAGUAGCUUAUCUAGGCUCCUGGACUCUGCCUGUUCCCAAAGUACUGUUCUGAUUUUCAUGCAUUUCUCCAGUGUCCCACAGCAGCAGCUUGCAGGAUAUAACUAGACACAAAAAUGGGUCUCUCAUGGUCUUGCAACUACAGAUCAAAUUCAUACCUGGUGGACUUUGGAGUGGGAGAUGGAUUUGGCAUUGUGAGAUUUCCUAGAGGGCAAACUUGUAAGUGUGGCAACUCCAUCCUUGUGUUUUGGUCAGUAUAAAUUGCUGACAGCUGGGGAAGUGGGUUUUCACCAUUAGAGUCCUUUGGACAGAGUGUUCUGGAGCUAAACAGAAUUACCAGGGCAACACAGAACUUUAUUUUAUGAGGCUGGCUCUCAAUAUAUAAUUUAUUGGCACAUAGCAGGAUUUGGUUCUAACAAUCCUGGUGGAUUUGUGUCCUGUUGGGACAGUUCUUGGAUGCUUUAGUCAUUUCCUACACCAGUUAAGGUAGCUACAGGAUUUAUUGCUGUUAAGAUUUCAGCCAGUGCCCUCUCUCUAGGGAUAUUCUGGAUUUUGUUUUGGUUACAGUUUCCUGUAGUCCAGGGCCUGGAGUGCAGCCUCCAGCUGCCACUAAGAUUAAAUCAGCUGGAGCCAGCUGAGAUUACCAAGGAAGCAACAGUACUGGGAAAGCUGCAGUCAGUGUUCUGAGCUGUGCUCAUAGGAGCGAGGGACAGAAAUCUCCAUCAGUGGGCCAUCUAUCAUAGCAACAGAGCAGUGCAUGUAUCUAUGGAGCCAAGUCGGCGACAGCAACUCCCUCCAGAAAAUAAUGAAGUAACAUUGAAAUAGGCAAUACAGUUUGGAUCAGAAACAACAGGGGAGCCAGUGUGAUUUUAGCAAGGAGAAGAAAAGCCAGGAAAUCAUAAAAUAAACAAAAUUAAGCUGCAAACAGGCCUCUCUCCCAGCUCUGGUUUCUCCUCCUGCUAUGACAAUGCUCAUUUUAGCGGUGACAUCACAUUGUAAUGUCAUAGUGUCUUUUGUGAUGUAGAGAGCACGAGUUUGUGGGACCUGAGCCUGAGCUCUAUGAUGGAUCUUUUGGUCCAAGACACUCACAGGAGACUCCAUAACUGCAUAUUGAAAUGGGAGCAGGUUAUUUAGUAUUGCAAUGAGUUUAUGUAACAGAUUUCUUACAGAAAGUGUUGGUGUAGAGGCCGAGAAACCUUUUCCUUACCUUGGCUUGUCUAUAGUCCAUUUAUAAACACAUUGUGGGGAGGCAGAGAAAGAUUGAGAGACACACGCAGAGGGUGUGUUAGAGUUUCCAGGCUUGGCCAUGUUGGAAGGAACAGAGCCACAGAGAAAAGGGCAAAUUAACUGAUCCCACCCUGGAAAGGCUCUGAGUUAAGCCGUACUAGUGCCCAUUCAGCUGAAUGUUUUGCUGACACCUGGCAACAGCAAGAGGGAUCGGAAUAAUACCACAUGAAUGCUCUAGCAAUCACAACUAACCAAGACACUGAUCACAAAUACUGAGAAUUGCAUGCUGCGAUCAAUCCACACAGGGCAAGUAUUCACCAACAAAGCGGCUGCUGCUGCGCCUGCUGCAGAGUGACUGAACCUGGGGGAGGGGGAGCGAGGAGGCUGGUCCUGACAGCCACGGAGGAGAGGAAAGUGGUGAGAAGAAGGAAGAGGAGCACAAGCAAGAGAGCCACACUGUGCGGAGAGGAGCCAGGCCCAGCUGUAGCCAGGUGAAGGACGGAGGACCCAUCCAGCAGGCAGGGUGAUGCUGUUUUUCCUGCUCCACGGGACAUUGAUCGUUCCCUCUCCUGUCCAGCAGGCCCGUCGGAAUGAUUUGAGAUGAAGAGUGUACCAACGUUCUGGACAACCAACCCUCCUCAGCAAACUUCAGCCCCAUUUGGCUCUGCUUGGACCAAGUUAAAUGUUUGUGGGGGUUCCGCCUGGCUCAGUUCGCAUGGUCGUGCAGAUCCAAGGCAGGGUCCCCUAAUGGGCGGAACAGAUGAAUCAGAGACCACAUACAGGACAUGCAGAUUUGAAGCUGGCACAGCUGUGUUCUGAUCUUCAGCCCCUAAUUUAUCCCAGGGCUGGGAUCCCGUCUCACCUCAACAACUCUCACUGCCUCUGUACUGAACCCUGUGGCUUGGACCCCAUUAGUCUGGCCUGAUCACUGACAGCAGCUGCUGAGCCCAGAGCUUCUGUGGCAGCAGGAUCACUAGGGUGGACUUGCCUUUGGGGACAACUUUCAGUCCAUGCCCAACUGGUGCAGAGAAUGACAGCAGCAAGCUGGUAUCACCGGGACAUCAGUCGUGUUGUGGCUGAGGAUUUGUUGGCCAAAGCUGGGAAGGAUGGGUGCUUCCUGGUGCGAGACAGCGAGUCCGUGUCUGGGGCGUACGCCCUUUGCCUGCUGUUCCAGAGACACGUGCACACCUAUAGGAUCCUGCCCGAUGAGGAGGGGCUGCUAUCUGUGCAGACCAUACAGGGCAUCCAGGCCAAAUGCUUCCGCACCCUAACUGAUCUAAUAGGGGCCUACCAGCAGCCCAACAAUGGCCUGGUGAUCCCACUGCUCUACCCUGUGAACAGAGCAAGAGAGCCAGUGGAUGAGGACUCUGAUGGUGAAGAUGGCGGAGCCAGCCACCCUCCAAGCCUGGUGCCUCACAGUGGGAACAUCGUGGGCAGCACCAGUGGGUGGGUUAGUGCUCAGCCAAACAAGGCCCAGAUAUCUCAGCAGCUGCAGCUGAGGCUGCAGGAGCAGGUUCACAGCAGCCCGGCCAGCGAUUUCAUGGGAUUCAUGGCCGAGUACCUCAGCCACCAUCUACAGCUUGACCUGGAGGCCCUGAGGAAUGGGAACCUGCAGCUGAGACACCUGAGCACAGCCUUAGUGACCGCCUGCCGUGGGCUGCACAGUGAGAUUGACUUCACGCUGGCUGGUUUAGAGACUCUGGCCAAAGUGUUUGACCCUCCAGCUUCCCCUCGGAGCCCCGUAAGAGAGCAGGGUCUCUUGGCCAGCGAUCCAGACCUUGAACUGCUCCUCAGCAAGAUCUCCACUGUCAACCACCUGCUCUCCUCUCUAGAGAAAAAGGUGCUGAAGACACUGCAGGAGACAGUGACCAAGCACAAACUGGCUCUUCCCAGUGUGGCUGUGGCACACCCCCCUGCCGCCAAGCCCAUGGCUGUGCAGAACUUUGAGGUGAAAGUGGGCAAAACACAGAGGGCCUCCCUGACAGUGGAUGUGGAGUCUGGGACAAUGGCCAUCACAAAGAGGGGCUGCAGCUCUCCAGAGGAGACCAUCUCUCAGGACAAAAUCUUGCAGCUGAUUAAAUACCAGAGCAUGCAGAGCAAAGUGAGGCUGGUGUAUGACAGAGACCAGCACAGAAGCCUGACCAGGGACUUCAUCUUCCAGAACGCACGGAAGCGAGAGGCCUUUUGCCAACUGCUACAGCUCAUGAAGAUCCAGCAUUCCAACCUGGAUGAGCCAGACCUCAUUUCUGUGUAUGUUGGGACGUGGAACAUGGGCAGUGCUCCACCCCCCAGGUCCAUGGCUUCAUGGCUGACAUCAAGGGGGUUGGGACGGACUCAGGAUGAGACCACAGCUGGCAUCCCACAUGACAUCUAUGUUAUUGGCACCCAGGAGAACUCGUUGGGGGACCGUGAAUGGGUGGAGUUCCUGCGAGCCUCUCUGAAGACCUUGAUGUCCAUAGAUUUCCGAGUGGUUGCCUUACAGUGCCUCUGGAGCAUCAAGAUUGUGGUGCUGGUGAAACCAGAGCAUGAACGCCGGAUCAGCCAUGUGAACACGUCAAGUGUGAAAACAGGAAUUGCAAACACACUAGGUAACAAAGGGGCUGUGGGCGUCUCCUUCCUUUUCAACGGCACGUCGUUUGGGUUUGUGAACUGCCACCUGGCCUCAGGGAGCGAGAAGACACACAGGCGGAACCAGAACUACAGUGACAUUCUGCGCUCUCUGGUCCUGGGUGACAAGAGUCUCAGCAGCUUUGACCUCACCCUGCGCUUCACCCACCUCUUCUGGUUUGGAGACCUCAAUUACCGCCUUGAUAUGGAGGUCCAGGACAUCUUAGCUCAUGUGAACAAAAAGGAGUUUGAGGCCCUGCUGGCUGUGGACCAGCUCACCCUGGAGCGGGAGAAGAACAAGGUGUUCCUGCGAUUUAGUGAGGAAGACAUCUCCUUUCCCCCCACAUACCGAUACGAACGGGGCUCCCGAGACAGCUAUGUCUGGCAGAAGUUCAAAACCACAGGGGUGAGGAUCAACGUUCCCUCGUGGUGCGAUCGCAUCCUAUGGAAGUCACGCCCUGAGACUCACGUGCUCUGUAACUCGUAUGGCUGCACUGAUGACAUUGUGACCAGUGACCACUCGCCCGUCUUUGCCACGUUUGAGGUGGGAGUGACGUCUCAGUUCGUGCCUAGGAAAGCUCCUGGUUCCAGCGCUGAGUCCCUGGCCUGCAUCGAGUGGGACAGCAUCGAGGUGAUUGUGAAAACAGCCAGCCGCAGCAAGUGCUACAUUGAGUUCCAUUCCUACUGCCUGGAAGAGUCUCAGCGGAGUGGGGAGAACAGCUCCCAAAGCAGCGACAUCCCGGGCUUCCUCAAACUCAGCUGGUCAGCUAAACAGCUGCCAGUGCUGAGCCCAAUCCUGUCGGACCUGGAGUACCUGCUGGACCAGCACCUGCUCCUCAGCAUCAAGGGCAUGGACAGUUGCGAGUCAUAUGGUGAGUGCUGCAUUGCCAUGAGAUCCAUGAUUGGCAGCCUGGCCCAGCAGUUUGAGACUUUCCUCUUCCACCGGGGUGAAGAAACAGGCUCCAUGCGUGGCUGGAUGAAGGUCCGAGUCCCCAAGGACAGGCGGAGCACACGCGAGAGGCUCUACGAGUGGAUCAGCUUUGAGACCGACGAGCCGGAGUCCGACGUCCCAACCUUCUCCAAGCCAGCUCUGCACGCCGUCAGGAGCCGGCCCCUCAGUCUCCCGGAUGCAGCCAGCAGUUACACCAAUCCAGCCUAUUUCAUAUUUGAGGGGGUCCCCAACACCUGGGCACAGUGUCCCAGCCUGUCUGAGCCUCCUUACAGUCCGGCAAGUGACACGCAGGCUGACAGGCACCCAGGCCAUUCUCCAUGCCGCAGGCUGCAGAGCCUGACAGGAGCACAAGCCGCCUCCUCCUCCUCCUCCAAGGAACAGCUACAGAGAAGCCCCCACUACCCUGUGUCCGAGACCACCUCCUGUGGGCACCAGCUCAGCCUCUCCCAGAUUGGGAGGCACAAGAGGCCCAAAUCAGCCAUUCUGACGAGAGAUCCGCAGACGUCAGGUGAUUGUUCCCUCACAGCCCUGCACAUGGCCUGGUGCCUCAGUGACGUGGACACAGAGCCCCCCAAGAGAGGAAGCUGCCUGGGCCCCAGCCAGCCAGAGGGCCGGAAGAACCUGCUGCGCCACACCCGCAGCGCACUGGAGCCACCACCGCAGAGCUGCUGGGAGGGGGCAAGGUCCCAGCGGGACACUCGCCGACUCAACCGUGCCGGAGAGUGGCCCUGUGGCAGUGGUGAUCACCCCCGGAGCGUUGGCAUGUGGCUGAGUCGCUUGGGCCUGGAACAGUAUGAGGCGGGGCUGUAUGAAAAUGGCUGGGAUGAUCUGGAGUUCUUCAGAAAUAUCACUGACCAGGACCUGCUAGACGCUGGCGUGCUGAGCCCCACUCAUCGGAAGCUCAUCCAAGCCAAGCUACACGAAAGCAGCCCCAGGAGCCUGCAGCAGGGACCCAGUCUGAAACCAAACCCAUAGUGAACCUGGCAUUCAGACUCCUCCGUGCCCUUCUAAUCUCCUCUGGACAGCUUCCUGGUGCAGGGGGUUGGAGCGCUGCUGAAGGUGUUCUGUCCCUGGGACAGGGCCAAGAUCUGGGGUCACUGGCCUAAGCCUCUGGAUUGGAAAUAUCCCUGUUUCUGCCUUCCUUUGCAAUCUUCACUGUCACUCUGAUGUCAUCGUGUAUAAUUUCCCCUGGCGGUAGCUGCAGAAAUGCCCUGUGCAUCUGGAUGAGGCUCUGCCAAAGGCCUGGACCCAAAUGGAUGUUUAGCCUUGUGGUGAAACUGGCCACACCCCAAACUGUCUAGCCGGGUUCCAUGGAGGGGUGACUGGGAAUUCAGAGUAGCCAGAACGUAACAGGGGAGCCCCAGCAGCUACUGAGACUCCAGCACUAACUUUUCAUCCUUCCCUAUUUGAGCCACAGAAAGGGCCUAGCUUCACCUCUGGUGGGCAUGGAUCCUACUGCUGAGCCCUCGUUCCACUUCCCCCCCAGCAUAGAGGCAUGAUACACUCUGAGCCGGGGAGAUGGGAGCAACAGUCCAUGUGGCCACAUCGCACUGGAGCUGAGACUUUCCUUGUUGAGUCUGAUACAGCUGAUGUGGGGUGGUGACGCUACAACCUGGGCUGGCUGGGCACCUCUCCCAGUCUCUGCCCACACAGGUGCUGGAGCACUAGAUGUGGGCUGUAGCUUGGUCACAAGGGCUUGAUUUCUCUAAGGUCUGAACUGAACCGUGACACAUCCCAUGGAGGAGGGAGCCCCAGCGCUGCAGCCUCAUGGGGACUCCAAGUGCGUCGCAGGGGAGAACACUCUAGUCUAAUGCACUUAUUAUGUAUGGGCAACAGCUUCUCAGAGUCCAGCCACCCUUGGCGGCAGAGACCUGGUCCCUCUGUGAGAGAACAAGGCUGCUUGCUCUGCCCCUUAGAUGGCAGCUAGGUGUUUGCAGAGCACCCCACAGCCUCCUGUCAUGUGCCUUCAAUCACACUGUGUUUAGCUGCAGUUGCCACAUGGCGUUUUUAAUAGGCUCCAUAUUGCUGGUUUCUCAUGAGAUGCACUUUCUGUUUCAAUUAACAAUAAAACCCCAAAGCUGCGAGGAAGCGCCACAUCUAGGUCACUUCC